GUUAUAUAUAUGCCUAAGCAAUUGUGUGCUCUACCCUAAAAAUUGAGCUUUUCUCUUUUGAUAUAUCGCAUAGCCUUCUUGUGGUUGUGGUCAUAUUUUGUUGAGAAGCCUUGGAGUUGAAGAAGAAUAGCUUAAUGGAGACUCCCUGGAACAACUGGUUCUCAGAUACUGAUAUGAGUGAUCAGCCAGGGUUUCUUCAGCAGUGGGAAAUAGGAUCGAACAACACUAGUAACAACAUGAAUAUUAUGGUUCCUCAUCAGUCUUUCCAUGGAUCAGAUUAUGGAUCAGGAGUUAGGGUUCAGGAGAACACCAGCUGGAACUUUAACUUGGGCAGCAACAACCAGAUGGAGCAGCUUGAUCAUGGGUCUUGCUCAUCGUCAGGGAUGGUGUCUCUUGACUCGCUGACCAAUCCGAGUAAAGGUGUUGCUUUCGUGAAGAAUUCGCCCAAGGAGGAGCAGAAGAUGGUGCUGUCGCAGGCGCAAGAACAUAUCAUCGCGGAGAGGAUCCGGCGCGAGAAGCUCAACCAGAAGUUCAUUGCACUCUCUGCGUUGAUCCCUGGCCUUAAAAAGGCAGACAAAGCUUCUGUUCUUGGAGAUGCAGUGAGACAUGUGAAAGACCUACAAGAAAAAGUGAAAGCCCUAGAAGAACAAAAGAUGGAGAGGACCGUCGAAUCCGUGGUCCUCAUCAAGAAGUCCCACAUCUCGGUCACCGAUGACGGUGGUUCAUCAUCGGACGAGAACAAUCUCGAUGAAUCACGACCGUCACAACUUCAACCUUUCCCCGAGAUCGAAGUGAAGGUGUACGAGAAGACAGUGCUCGUAAGAAUCCAUUGCGAGAACCGCAAAGGUGUCCUUGUGAAGGUCUUGUCCGAGAUCGAGAGCAUGAACCUCAUCAUAACCAACACCAAUGUUAUGCCUUUUCUUGGCUCCUCUAUCAAUAUAAUCGUGACGGCACAAAUGGAAGUGGAGUUCUCAAUGACUGUGAAGGAUAUUGUGAGGAAGCUAAAAUCUUCUUUGGUUUAGCUCAAAAUAUGUUGAGUUAAUGCACUUUAUGACUUCUUAUCCUGAAACAUUAAUCCUCCUUAUUAAUUUUAUGGAAAACAACAAAGUUAAACCUUUAUGAUCCUUGUUCCAUAAAGUGAGAUGUUUGCAUGCAAGUGUAGCUUAUAGCAACUCCCUUUUUAUA